UUAAUCUGAAGACGGAGCUGAUUCAAAAUCUCUAGAAUGAGCGGAAGAGGCAAAACCGGUGGUAAGGCCAGAGCCAAGGCUAAGACCCGCUCCUCCAGGGCAGGACUUCAGUUCCCCGUCGGUCGUGUUCACAGACUCCUCCGCAAAGGGAACUACGCCGAGCGCGUCGGUGCCGGUGCUCCGGUGUAUCUGGCCGCUGUGCUCGAGUACCUGACUGCUGAGAUCCUGGAGCUGGCUGGAAACGCCGCUCGGGACAACAAGAAGACCCGUAUCAUCCCCCGUCAUCUGCAGCUGGCGGUGCGCAACGACGAGGAGCUCAACAAACUCUUGGGCGGAGUGACCAUCGCUCAGGGCGGCGUGCUGCCCAACAUCCAGGCCGUGCUGCUGCCCAAGAAGACCGAGAAGCCCGCAAAGACCAAAUAAACAACAAUACACCACUCACAAAGGCUCUUUUCAGAGCCACCGACUUUCUCGAGAAGAGCGAUUUGUAUUUAUAAAAUAAAAAACACCAACUGAUCUGAUAACGGUA